AAAAAAGGUAAACGUCACUGCUGUGAGUUGGAAGUAUGCUAGUGAAAAAUUUAUUUGCUACUUGAAAAUUUUUAAAUUAUUUACCUUCCGAGUUUUUCGUGCGUCGAGAAUCUAGCAGCAGAAGCAUCUAGAUCGAGAUGUCGCCGCCGGGUAACGGGAUAUUUGUCGUUCGGGGUGAAAUGUCCACCCUGACGACUGCGAUGCGACGUGGCUCACGGUGGAGCUCCAAUUCUUAUCAGGAUGAUGAAAAAGAUGUAUUGCUUAAAAACUUCCAUGAAUUAAAAGAAAGGCUAUUACAAGUAGAAGAUUUACGUUUGAUUGAACCAGGUGUUUUUCUAGGACCAUUUCUCGAAGUGAUUCGUUCGGAAGAAACAACGGGACCUGUUACGAGUUUGGCUCUUUCGGCUGUCAACAAAUUCCUGUCUUACGGACUGAUAGAUCCUACCCAUUCCACACUGGCAGCUACUGUGGAGAGUAUUGCAGAUGCAGUGACACACGCCCGUUUCGUGGGUACCGAUCAAACAUCCGACGGGGUGGUGUUGAUGAAAAUCGUACAUGUUUUGCGCACUCUAGUGUUAAGUCCGGAGGGUAGUGCUCUUUCCAAUGAAAGUGUCUGUGACAUAAUUCUAAGCUGUUUUCGAUUGUGUUUCGAGCAACGCUUAAACGAAUUGGUGCGAAAAACAGCGGAAAAUGCAUUGCGAGAUAUUGUUCUGUUGUUGUUUAUGAGAUUGCCACAAUUUGUGGAAGGAGGUCAUUUCAACCUGAAAUCACUAAAGAUGCGCUCCAGCUCGAUGGAUCAGUCUAGUAAAAAACGCAAAAGCAGUAAAGCAGAUUUGAGGCCUUUGACGGUGAAUCCUAAAAUUGUGACAAGCGAGGAGAACAGUUUGAAUGAGCCAGAACCAACAACUCCUGUUGUGAAUAAUGCCCCAAAAGGAUUAAAACCUCCGCCACUAUCAACUACCCCAGCGACACCAGCUGGACCGAUUGUAGACAUGCAAGGGACAAUAUCCCAAACACCUAAAAGUAGUCAGGAACCGAAGCAGCACCCAAUCAUCGAAGAAACAGAUUCUCAAACUCGUCUAGAGUCGCUUCAGGAAGUUCCACCUCUAGAAUCAGUCGAGACUCCGGCACCUGCCUUGGUCGAUGCGGUAGGUGUUUGUUUUGCCCAUCAACAGGAUGAAGAGAAUGUUGGCCAAUCCCCGCAUCUGCCUUACGGAUUGCCAUGUAUUCGCGAACUAUUUCGCUUUCUAAUCUCCCUUUGCAAUCCGUUGGACAAGCAAAACACCGACGUCAUGAUCCACAUGGGCCUAACGCUACUGACCGUAACAUUUGAGGUUGGUGCAGAUAGUAUCGGAAAGUACGAUUCCUUGCUAACUAUCGUAAGAGACGAUUUGUGCAAGAAUCUGUUUGCACUAUUAGCUACGGAACGAAUUUCCAUUUUUGCUGCCGAUUUGCAGCUUUGCUUUCUGCUGUUCGAAGCGUUACGCUCGCAGCUCAAGUUUCAACUUGAGUAUUAUCUCACGAAACUAGCAGAUCUGGUUGUCAAUGAAAAUCCCCGGAUUCUAUACGAAGCCCGUGAACUUGCUCUCGAUAAUCUCCUGCAACUGUGGCGCAUACCAGGUUUCGCGGCGGAACUCUACAUAAACUACGACUGUGACCUUUACUGUUCCAAUCUAUUCGAAGACUUGACCAAGUUGCUUUCUAAAAACACUCUCUCGGCAACGCACUCAAUCUAUAGUGUUCACACGCUCUCCCUGGACGCUCUGCUGACGAUUAUCAGUGCAAUCGAACGAAAUUGUGUUCAGGCAAAAAAUGGCGAAAAUCCCACUUACAUGCGGCAUUCAAGAAACGGUUCAAGUGUAGAACGAAUAGUGCUGGAAUCCAGUCAGCUACUGGACCAAAGUGUUCUCAGUCCCCAAGAUCCGGAUGUCAGUGAUGUAGUUGUGGAAAACAUUAAUAAAUAUCUAAAAUCUAGUCAAAAUGAGGAUCGAUUGCGUCAGAUUGUUAGUCAGGAAUCCGCCGCAGAUGGCACCGCAUUGAACCACGAAGAAUUGGCAGCUAUCAAGAAAAAGAAAAGGCUCCUUACUCAAGGAACGGAUCUGUUCAACCAACGGCCAGAAAAGGGAAUACAGUUCUUGCAGGAGAAUGGAAUCCUGAACAGCACACUGGAUCCCCUGGAAAUAGCUCACUUUUUGAGGGAAAAUUCCGGUCUGGAUAAGAAAAUGAUUGGCGAGUACAUAAGCAAAAAGAAAAAUGUGGAAAGUAAGAUUCUGGAGAUUUUCGUCAAGUCGUUCGAUUUUGCCGGAUUGACCAUUGAUCAGGCGUUAAGGCUGUAUCUGGAAACGUUUCGUUUGCCGGGGGAAGCUCCGUUAAUAUUUUUAGUGAUGGAGCAUUUCGCGGAUCACUGGCAUAGUUGCAACAAUGAACCGUUCGCAAACACGGAUGCUGCAUUCAGACUCGCGUAUGCAAUCAUUAUGCUGAAUAUGGACCAGCACAACUACAAUGCAAAACGUUUGAAUGUACCGAUGACAGUGGAUGACUUUUUGAAAAAUCUUCGAGGGCUGAACGGCAAUUCCGACUUCGACCAGGAAAUGCUUAUCAACGUUUAUCACUCAAUCAGAAACGAAGAAAUUGUCAUGCCAGCCGAGCAGACGGGAGUCGUUCGCGAGAACUAUCUGUGGAAGGUUUUGCUGCGUCGCGGUGCCACCAAAGAUGGUUUGUUUCGACACGUUUUCGGUCCAAAUCACGAUCGCGAACUGUUCCGCAUUAUCCAAGGCUCGACGCUAGCAGCACUUAGUUUCAUAUUCGAUAAAAGUCCCGAUAAUACCGCGCUCUAUCAGAAAGCGAUGAACGGUUUCGUCAAAUCGGCAGUUAUCGCAUCGCAUUACAGUUUGCACGGGGAUUUCGACGCCCUGGUGUUGACGCUUUGUAAGUUCACCUCCUUGUUGAAUCCUCCAAUCGACGUACAUGAAAUCACGACCAACGUUCUGUUCGGGCAGAAUGCGAAGGCUCAACUGGCAAUGAAAACUGUUUUCGCUUUAAUACACGAUCAUGGUGACUGCAUGCGGGAAGGAUGGAAGCAUAUCGUGGAUGUCGUUCUCCAGCUGUUUAGACUCAAGCUUCUGUCGAAAAGUUUGAUGGAAGCGGAAGAUUUUUGCGAAGCCGGUGGUAAAGUUGUUCUGGUUCGGGAUCAAAAUCAGCUACCCAAAUCUGAUGCCGGUUUAUUGAGCAGUUUGUACUCGUAUCUAAGCAACGACAGCCAAAGACAACCGUCGUACGAAGAGCAGGAGAUAAUCAAACUGUCGAAACGUUGCAUCAAAGAGUGUCAAAUCGAUCAGAUCGUGAAUGAAUCGAAAUUUCUGCAGUUCGAAUCAUUGGUCGAGCUUGUAAAUUGCCUUCUGGGAAUGACCAGAGCUCCCGAGAGCCAUAAAUCGGUUGGAUUGCCGUACGCUGAAAAUACGAUUGUGUUCUUGCUGGAACUGCUGGUAAAAAUUUUGAUUCAAAACAGAGACCGCUUGCUUCCGGUCUGGAAACCAUGUCAGGACCAACUGUACUUGUUGCUGAUUGGUGCAUCUUCCUGUGAUCAUACGUAUCUGCUUCAACGAACGACUGUUGCUUUGCUGAAGUUAGCCAUUUAUUUAAUGCGAAAUGAGGAAAUUUGUUCGACAAUUCUUCAGAGCCUCAGAAUGUUGCUAAUGCUGAAACCGGCAAUUAUUCUAUCGAUUUCGAAACAAAUUUCAAUCGGUAUGUAUGAGCUGCUGAAGACUAGUGCCCAGAACAUCCAUUCGGAAUCUGAAUGGAUCAUUGUUUUCACCAUUCUCGAGUGCGUUGGGGCUGGAGCGGUGCCACCGGAUUACGACGAAGCUCCGACCAUAUCCGGCACGAAGUCUGAUGGUGCUCUUAGCAGCGAAGAAGAUUCUGGGCUACCGGACAGAGGUUACAUAUCGGAUUCUGAGCUAAAUGCGAUAAAAAAUGGACAUUCCUCAAAUUCUUACACACCACUGAUCAGUCCGACCGGAGAUAACUGGAUCCUGGUGAACAAGGAUGCGGAUAUAGUAUCGUCACGAUCAUCCUCCCCGAAACACUCCAUUCAAUACCGGUGUAAACUACUGGAACAUUCCCCGUUUGCCCUGGUCAAGUGCUGGGAAAGUUUAGCUUUCAUUGUCCGGAAUGUGGCCCACAUUACACCGUACAAUUUCGAAAGCUGUGUUCGCUGUAUUCGUACGUUUGUGGAAGCAUCGAUGAACGAUGGCAAAGAGAAACGACGAAGACAUCGGCGGGCCGGUAGUGGUAAAAAUUCCCGCAAUAGAAAUCGUAAAAAUGACAGCAGUGACAGUGAAUCGGAGGAGCUUCCCGAGGCCUACGAAUCAAUAUCGAUCCAACUUUUGGACUUGAUGCACACAUUGCAUACCCGAACAGCGCAAAUUUUCCGCUGGUGGGCCGAAGAAGGAGGUUCACUGCCACAAUGUUCAGCACUUUGGUCCCAGGGUUGGUGUCCUCUUCUGCAGGGCAUUGCUCGGCUUGCAACCGAUCAGCGGCGUCAGGUCCGAACUAGUGCAAUCACUUGCCUGCAGCGAGCUUUGUUAGUACAAGAUUUACAAACUCUGACCGGAUUAGAAUGGGCUGGUUGUUUCAAACAAGUUCUCUUUCCGCUACUGUCGGAACUGUUGAGCGAGAAACCUUCCAAACCAAUCGAUGUAGGUCUUCUGGAAGAGUCACGAAUGCGAACAGCGACCAUAAUGUCGAAAGUUUUUCUCCAUCACCUAACGCCACUGAUUGCCCUGGCCGGUUUCACCGAGCUCUGGUUGGAGAUUCUGGAUUACUUCGAACGUUUCAUGAAAAUCGGUUCCGAUAUGCUGUAUGAAGCUGUGCUGGAAAGUCUGAAAAAUAUGCUGCUGGUGAUGCAUUCGGUGUGUGUCUUUCACAACAGCGAUGGUAUCACUCAUUCCGCUCUGUGGGAUGUUACGUGGCAACGCAUUUCGGGAUUUUUGCCGCAUCUGAAAGACGAACUGUUCAAAAACGAUGCAACCAAUAUAAAUGCUCACAGUCCGAAAUUGGUUCCAUCUUCUCCGGUUCCACCACAAUCACUCGUUGAACCGAUUAACCGAUCGCAAUCAAACCCUAUUCAGCAAAAUCCACAAAUUGUACCUACAGACGCUAUCCGUGUGCCAACAGGAGGAACUAACAAUCUACUAAUCAGCAACACAAACACUAUGAGUCCAUCGCCAAUUGUACCCCAAGUCCCAUUAGAUGCACCUUUUCUAGCGACCCAGGCGGAUACUUCCCGAACGUCCGUAUCAACCCCAACCCAUACUCUGGAACCACAAGUAACAAACAACCAGUCAUCGGAUAUAAAUCGCUAUUCUAAUAUAAUCGAAUUGCCGAUGACGCCAUCUCCACCACCGAUGGCGCCGACACAAACAAAUGAAUUGGAACUGGAGUUUCAGCAAAGUGCUUCAGAAGUUACACCGAAUUUACCGGUUCCCAUCAGCCACCUUCUAGCACACAAUCAGUAUCCAUCCUUGCAAAAUGUUCCGAUCGGGAUUGCUCAAAGCUACGCGCCAAUGUUUGUUCAACCGGUACCGGCCAAUACCGAUGGGUCGGAUAUCUACAGCGAUUACAUCAACGAUCCGUACAAUCUAACACUGCAAAUCGAUCAAAGUCCGAACCCCGCCAGUACAGAUCAGCAAUCAGUGGAACCAGAACAGCAACAGCUGCAGCCAAUGACGGAAACUGUAUUCCAAUCGGCAAACUACUUCAGCACGAUUCAGUUUGGCUCCGGUCGAAUACCACCAGGUUCGGAAAUUUUGUUUGGUGAACCCUAAAACCCCUCACAGGAGGAAUCCGGUUCUAACAAAAAAAUUCUCUUCUCUUUUCUCUUCACAUUCCUUGCAUGCUUUCACGGAACGGGAUUGGAUUUGAUUAGUAGAAACUGACGAUGGUUAGGAAAUUAUUCUGUAUACCCUUUUCUCAUGCUGGUAUGAGUUGUUUAAGGGAAAUAGCAAAGUUAGGUAAAAAUGAUAGAAACGACCCUAUUCACAAUAGACAUUUUAAUGUCAAACAAUUGUAUUAUCUAAAGUAACACGAUUGAACUGUUAAUAAACUAUGAAAUGCUUAUAUAUUACUAUACACAACUGUGAAACAAACGAAACCGUAAAUGUUUGGCUAAACCGCAAUUACAAGGAGAUCCAGAGCAUAUAGGGUAGUAUUACUUUUUGUUAAUCUUUUUUAAGUUCUGUUCACGAAAGUUGUUUUACUAUAGUUUUAUUCGGUAAAAAAGAUAAAUAUACACAAAUACACACAAAAAGAGAAACUUGCAGUAGUAAUGAACCUACCAAAAAUUA